UUCCAACUGAACACAAUGUACAAGUUUGGAGAUGUGGUUCUGGGUGGAUUAUUUCCAUUCAACUUAAUCUCGGUUGCUCCUGACCUUUCAUUUAAAUCAGAACCCCAACACCCGACCUGCUACAGUUUCAAUAUUGAAGGAUUCAGACAGGCUCAGACCAUGGCUUUUGCUAUUGAUGAGAUCAACAAAAAUUCUAAACUGCUUCCAAAUGUGACUCUGGGAUACAAGCUUUAUGAUAACUGCAUCAAAGUAGGAAUUGCAUUCCGUGCUGCCUUGUCUUUAGCCAGUGGUCAGGACAAACAGUUUAAAUUACAUGAAACCUGUGUGGGAACCCCUCCAGUGCUGGGAAUUGUAGGUGAUUCUUCAUCAACCAGUUCUAUUGCCAUUUCAUCUGUCUUUGGUUUGUACAGAGUGCCAAUGGUGAGUUACUUUUCAACAUGUUCCUGCUUGAGUGACCGAAAAACAUUUCCAUCCUUCUUCCGGACUAUCCCAAGUGAUGCUUUCCAAGUGCGUGCUAUGAUUAAGAUUUUAAAACACUUUGGCUGGACCUGGGUUGGCCUGCUGGUCAGUGAUGAUGAUUAUGGACUCCAUGCUGCCCGAUCUUUCCAGUCAGACAUGGUUGAGUCUGGUGAAGGUUGUCUGGCUUACUUAGAAGUUUUGCCCUUAAAUGAGAAGACGGCUGAGUUCAAGAGGGUCGUUGAAGUAAUGAAGAAAUCGACAGCUCGUGUGGUGAUUGCAUUUGCAUAUAAGAGACAUAUGAUUCAACUCAUGGAAGAGGUAGUAAAACAGAAUGUGACCGGUCUGCAGUGGAUAGCCAGUGAAGCGUGGACCUCAGCAGCCAUUCUCCAGACCCUCAAACUCAUGCCAUACCUGGGUGGAACACUGGGCAUUGCCAUCCAACGAGGAGAAAUUCGAGGUCUAAAAGAGUUCCUAUCAAAAAUACAUCCUGGCCAACAUCAUAACAGCAGCUACGGACAUAAUUUGGUACAGCAGUUUUGGGAAUUUUUAUUUCAGUGUAGAUUUGCCCCAAUUUCAGCACAAUGGUUGGAAGCUCAUGGAGUGCAAUGCACUGGACAAGAAGAUCUACGAAAUCAAGUUGAGAGCAAGUUUCUGGAUGUUUCAAAUCUGAGGUCAGAGUACAAUGUGUAUAAGGCUGUGUAUGCACUGGCAUAUGCCCUUGAUGACAUGCUACAGUGUGUGCCAGGGAGAGGACCUUUCAGUGGGAAAGGUUGUGCCAGUUUGCACAACUUAGAACUGUGGCAGCUUGUCCAUUACCUGCAAAAUGUCAAUUUCACCACAUCAUCUGGUGACCAGGUGCAAUUUGAUGAGAAUGGUGAUUCCUUACCAACCUAUGACAUUGUUAACUGGCAGUGGCUCCCUGAUGGAACAAUAAAGGCUGAGAAUGUGGGUGUGAUUCAGAAGUCAGCCUGGAAAAGUGAAGAGCUCAAACUUGAAGAAGACAGAAUCUUCUGGAACUUACAAUUCAAAGAGCAACCUCGAUCGGUGUGUAGUGACAGCUGUCCACCUGGCACCCGCAUAGCAAGAAAGAAAGGGGAACCUGAAUGCUGUUUUGACUGCAUACCAUGUUCUGAGGGAAAGAUCAGCAAUGAGACCGACUCCAUCGAUUGCAUCAGUUGUCCAGAGGACUUCUGGUCAAGUCUGCAGCAUGACCAAUGCAUUCCAAAAGAAAUUGAGUUCCUGUCCUACCAUGAGCCUCUGGGUAUCUGCUUGACAGCUGCCUCAUUGCUGGGGACAUUUUUCUGUGCUGUUGUUCUCGGAAUCUUCAUAUAUUAUCGCAGCACACCGAUAGUACGAGCCAACAAUUCAGAACUGAGCUUCCAGGUCGUAAUUUCACUAAGUCUGUGCUUCCUGUGCUCACUGCUGUUCAUCGGCCGGCCUCAGAUGUGGACAUGUCAGCUGAGGCAUGCAGUGUUUGGGAUCAGCUUUGUGCUUUGUGUCUCAUGUAUCCUGGUAAAAACCAUGGUGGUUCUGGCUGUGUUUACGUCCUCCAAACCAGGAGGCAGAGCCAAAUUGAAAUGGUUUGGUGCCAGACAACAGAGAGGGACAGUUCUGUCUUUGAGUUCUGUCCAGGCAGUAAUCUGCAUUGCUUGGCUUGUCUCUUCCUCUCCAUCUCCUCAUAAAAACACUCAAUAUCACAAUGACAAAAUAGUUUAUGAAUGUGUUGUUGGCUCCACAGUUGGUUUUGCAGUGUUAUUGGGCUAUAUUGGUUUUCUAGCUGUUCUCAGCUUCCUGCUUGCAUUUCUGGCCAGGAAUCUUCCUGACAGUUUUAAUGAAGCAAAACUCAUCACUUUCAGCAUGUUGAUAUUCUGUGCUGUGUGGGUGGCAUUUGUCCCAACUUAUAUCAGCUCUCCUGGUAAAUAUGCAGAUGCAGUGGAAGUAUUUGCCAUCCUGGCCUCCAGUUAUGGCCUCUUGAUUGCACUGUUUGGACCCAAAUGUUACAUUAUCCUCCUAAGACCUGAGAGAAACACAAAGAAGGCAAUCAUGAGCCGAGGUAUUGAGGCUUGA